AUGAGCGGAGAAACUUUUGAAUUUAGUAUCAGGCAUUCUGGUAAAGUUUACCCAAUAACACUUUCCACUGAUGCUACUGCGGGCGAUUUGAAAGGUAAAGUAGAGGAAUUGACGCAAGUUCCAAGUGCCCGUCAAAAAUAUAUGGUUAAAGGCGGUUUAUCCGGUGAAGAGGCCAUUAAGAUUGCCUCCUUGAUUAAACCAGGAUCAACAGUUAUGCUAUUGGGGACUCCAGAUGCUAACCUAAUCUCUAAACCAAUAAAGAAGAACAAUUUCAUUGAAGAUCUUGCGCCUGAGCAACAAGUUCAACAAUUUGCUCAGUUACCUGUUGGUUUCAAGAAUAUGGGCAAUACCUGUUACUUGAAUGCUACAUUACAAGCGCUAUACAGAGUUAACGAUUUAAGGGAAAUGAUUCUUAAUUAUAACCCUUCCCAAGGGGUCUCUAACAAUGGGGUGCAAGAUGAAGAAACACAUAAACAAAUUGUUAUUGAAAUGAAACGUUGCUUUGAGAACUUACAAAAUAAGAGUUUCAAAAGUGUUUUGCCCAUUGUGUUAUUAAACACUUUAAGAAAAUGUUACCCACAAUUUGCUGAACGUGAUCCACAAGGUGGGUUCUAUAAACAACAAGACGCUGAAGAACUGUUUACACAACUAUCUCACAGUAUGAAUGUUGUUUUUGGUGACAAAUUUUCCGAAGAUUUUAGAAUUCAGUUCAAAACUACCAUCAAAGAUACAGCUAAUGAAAACGAUGUUACUGUGAAAGAAAAUGAAAGUGAUUCUAAAUUGCAAUGCCAUAUUUCCGGUACUACAAAUUUCAUGAGAAAUGGGCUUCUGGAAGGCUUAAAUGAGAAAAUCGAAAAAAGAUCCGAUUUAACCGGCGCCAAUUCCACCUAUAGUAUCGAAAAGAAAAUAUCAAGAUUGCCAAAGUUCUUGACCGUUCAAUACGUUAGAUUUUUUUGGAAGAGAUCUACCAAUAAGAAAUCAAAGAUUUUGCGUAAGGUAGUCUUUCCAUUUCAGUUGGAUGUAGCAGACAUGCUUACGCCAGAAUAUGCAGCGGAAAAGAUAAAAGUUCGUGAUGAGCUAAGAAAAGUCGAAAAGGAGAAAAAUGAAAAGGAAAGAGAGAUCAAGAGGCGUAAAUUUGAUCCAUCUUCCAGCGAGAAUAUCAUGACACCAAAAGAACAAUACGAGACACAAGUGGCUCUUAACGAGAGUGAAAAAGACCAAUGGCUGGAAGAGUAUAAAAAACAUUUUCCUCCAAACUUGGAAAAAGGUGAAAACCCAUCUUGUGUUUAUAACUUAAUCGGUGUCAUUACACAUCAAGGCGCCAAUUCUGAGUCUGGGCAUUAUCAAGCUUUUAUAAGGGACGAAUUGGACGAGAAUAAAUGGUACAAAUUUAACGAUGAUAAAGUUAGUGUUGUUGAAAAGGAAAAAAUCGAAUCUUUAGCCGGUGGGGGUGAAAGUGAUAGUGCAUUGAUCUUAAUGUAUAAGGGCUUUGGCCUGUAA